UCCAAAGCUCAGGACUCGAACCGAGGUACCGAGGCUCGAUCCUUUCGCGCGCUUUCGACGACGUACCGAAAAAAUCCCUCUUCACUCCACGCGGUUUUUCGCGCCGAUCGACGUUGGCCUGGUGUGUUCUGUGUUUUGAUCCUGGUGCGAUGACUCGUGUCCCGAGUGAGUAAAGGCAGGAUAAUGAGGCGCAGGAAGGGGUCCAGGAAGAGAGCCAUCGAGAAAAUGGAAGAUGCAGAAAAUUAUGACGCCGAGCAAGAUGCACGCGUUCCAGUCAGCUACCCCGGCUCCUGCACCAUGGAGGUGUGUAAAGGAGAGACGGCUUGCAGGCCCCAGAACAACAACACGUACACCUGCCUCUGUACCCACGACUCGCUACCGCCCACAGCAAGGGGGAUCUGCCCCAGGAGAAUAGUGAACGAAGCCCCAGGGCGAAUACCCAACGUCCAACCCCCGUCCAUCAAGCUUCACCCCGCCACCCAGACGACGACAAACUCGACGACACCCUCUGAAGACCAACCUGCAGCAGCGACGACAGAAUUCCAACAUCUGGAGAGUUACAUAGUUCCAUCGGUUUUCACAAUUGUACUUAGUUUAGUUAUAGUCUUCUCCCUUACCAUAUGCCUCAAGAGGAGGUCCAAACGCCAUAAUGCGGUGUUGACUUUUUCUUUUCAGGCCUCCCCAAUAAAUCUGAAACACAGCCUGCUGGUGGCUGAAAGGUACGCUCCGAACCCUCAAUAUUCCGCUUGCUCGGGCACUGGAGUGCCGGUUUUGCGCAAGGAGACGCUCAAGUUCCUUAACGAAGUAGGAGAGGGCUGUUUCGGAAAGGUCUUCAAAGGAGAACUGCUUUCCGAAGAUACCGACCAAAUCGAGAUAGUUGCGAUUAAGGUACUGAAAGACUCGGCCACCAGAGAAGCCGAAGAAGACUUUUUAAGGGAGGUCGAAAUCAUGAGUGCUUUCAGACAUCCCAACAUCCUUUCUCUUCUAGGGGUUGUACUAAGGGACGGCAACAUCAACCCCAUGAUGGUAUUCGAGUUCAUGCCGCAUGGCGAUCUUGCCGAAUUGCUUCGCUCUCAAAGGAAAUCCACAGAUAACCUUGACGAAGACCAAGACGUACCUCAACUAACCAGGAGAGAUCUCCUCUCCAUCUCGCUACAAAUAGGCAGCGGGAUGAAGUAUCUGGCAGCUCAGAGGUUCGUUCACCGCGACCUGGCGUGCAGGAACUGUCUGGUGGCCGAGGGACCGACGGUGAAGAUCGCCGAUUUCGGCAUGAGCAGGGACGUCUACACCUGUGACUACUACAAGAUUGGAGGCUCGCGCUUGCUACCUGUGCGUUGGAUGUCACCAGAGAGCGUCGUCUACGGCAGGUUCACCCUGGAAUCGGACAUCUGGUCGUACGGGGUGGUCCUGUGGGAGAUCUACAGCUACGGCAAGCAACCUUACUACGGCCACACCAACGAGGAGGUGGUAAAGCUGAUCCUGGACGGAAUCAUGCUCAUCCCACCCGAAGACUGCCCCUCGCUGAUCUGCGAGCUCAUGAAGAACUGUUGGAAAACAGAACCCAGACAUCGAAUCACCUUCCCGAACAUCUGCGACAAGCUGGAGCUGGCCUUUGAGGGCUUCGACGAGAAGAGCGAGUUGAAGUACGAGAACGAAAUGAAGAAGUUUAAGCAGAUGGGCAGCAAGAACAAGAGCCUUCCUCGGCCACCACCGCUGCCUGUGUUGACGCAGGCGGACCUGCUGGACGCGCAGGGCUACCUGCUGCCCAAGGAAGUGAAGGAGCCGGUGCAUUACCUGGAGACGCUGCCGGACUGACCUAGGGCUAAGCCGUCCGCAAGGCGCAUCGUCUGGACGAGUAACCAGCGCAUCGGAGUCGAUUUGUAGACCGCGUCGUUCCUCUUUGCAAACAUAAGACUGAUUUUACAAUACGCUGUUGGAUUGUAUUCAUUGUGUGACUAAAUUGGUGCAACGACAGGGAUAGUAGGUAGUAUUUCGACAGGGACCUGAUUUUGCAAGUAGGUUAUGGCCGGAGUGUUGUGACUGAAUUCCGUGGGCUUGAAGAGUUCGCUGGAAGACCAUGCCAAGGAGGAGUUUUUGGUUUUCUGUCAGAAUCCCACUCUUUAAUUUUAGUAUUAUAUUUCCCUUUUCCCUCCAAGACCUUCCUUUCUUGAGUUGGACGCUGAAAUCACGGAAGUAGGACUUUUCAAAGAAAGCCACAAUUUGGUGUGUUUACAAAGAUAUACAGGAUGUUAAUUAGGUACAUCGACACACUUUAAUUGGCGAUUCUUUGGGUAAUUCUAAAACGAUUGGCGUAUUGGUAUAUCCAUAGAUCCAUAGUUUUUGAGAUAGAUCUCGACAUAAUAUAAUCCUUUUGGAUUAAAAUUACUCAAAAUUUCACGAGUCAAGGUUUGUCGUCCUGUUUAGUUAACAUUCGGUUUAGUGUAUCCACGGAUAUAAUUGAAAAAUAAGAAAUCUUUUUGUCAAACAUUUUUAUUUUGACAUUUUUUCUACUAAAAUUUUGUUGUAAAAAAGUCAUUCUUUUUAAAAACUUCUGCGCUUAUUCAAAUGUAGUUUGAAGUUGGUCAACGUAUACAGGAUGUCCCCUGUUAAUAAAUUAUUGGAAAUACAGUAGUUGGAACUUAAUAAUAGAUUAUGCUAGUUAUGAACCAAUAUUUUUUUUUUUGAUAUCUUAUGUGAUAUCAAAGGAACCUUACCUAUACACAAUUUACAGUUUAUUUGCUCUUCACAGGACUUAAUUUUUCCGAUAUAAAAAUAUGCAACAAAUUAUUUUUU